GUGGGGGAGGUUAAGGGGAGGAGCAGUCAGGUUACUCUGAUGCCAGAGGUUAGCACUUGAGAACCUGGUAACAGAGAAGAACCUGUGUAUUCCACAGCUACUUCUCUGAGGAGACAAUUGGUGUGAUGGGUGUUCCUCAGCAGCUAGCCUUUCUGCUAUUGCUGCUGCUAUUGCUUUGGGGACUGGGGCAGCCAGCAUGGCUAGCAGCCAUGGCGGUAGCCCUGCACUGGCUCCUGGGGGGCACUGCAUGCUGUGUGCUGCUAAGCCUGGCUGUGCUGAUGCAGCCCUGGCUCAGCCACUGGGUGCCUCACUGGCUGACCUUGGUGGCUACAUCCCUGGCACUGAUUCUGCUUCGCACAUGGCCACCUCUGGGGCUAUGCUGGCUGCCUGCUGAUGUGGCCUUCCUGACCAAGAUCUUCCGCCUGGGCUGGAACGUCGGGGUGCGCUUGAGUCAACAGCCGGUUGACAGCUUUGUGGACACCUUUGAGCGACAAGCGCAAGUGCAGCCUGCCCGGGUGUUCUUGGUGUGGACAGGGCCCGGGGCUCGCUCUGUCACUUUUGGGGAGCUGGAUGCCUGGGCCUGCCGGGCAGCAUGGGUCCUGAAGGCUGAGUUGGGUGGCCCCAUGGGCCUAUAUUUUGGCAAGCCUGUUGCCCUCCUGGUGGCCUCCCAGAUCAUUCCUGCUCUCAGUUUGUGGCUGGGGUUGGCCAAGCUGGGCUGCCCAGCAGCCUGGAUCAACCCACAUGGCCGAGGAGUGCCCCUGGUACACUCAGUGCUGAGCUCUGGGGCCCAGUUGCUGGUAGUAGACCCAGGUGAGAGACUCUGGAGUCACUGGAGAAUGGAAAGGGACCUCCGGGAGAGCCUAGAGGAGAUCCUUCCAAAGCUGCAGGCUGAGAACAUCCGCUGCUUCUACUUCAGUCAUACCUCCCCUACACCGGGUGUGGGGGCAAUGGGGGCAGCCCUGGAUGCUGCCCCUCCUGACCCAGUGCCUGCUGACCUGCGUACUGGGAUCACACGGCGAAGCCCUGCCCUGUUCAUCUACACCUCUGGGACCACUGGUCUUCCCAAACCAGCCAUCAUCACCCAUGAGCAGAUACUGCGGAUGAGUGGGAUGCUGUCCUUGUGUGGGGCCACGGCUGAUGAUGUGGUCUACACUGUUCUUCCUCUGUACCACACAAUGGGGCUUGUCCUUGGGGUCCUUGGCUGCUUAGAGCUUGGUGCCACCUGUGUCCUGGUCCCCAAGUUCUCUGCCUCCAGCUUCUGGGAUGAUUGUAGGCAGCAUGGCGUGACAGUGAUCCUGUAUGUGGGCGAGGUCCUGCGGUAUUUGUGUAACACUCCCCAGCAACCAGAGGACCGGAAACAUACAGUCCGCCUGGCAAUGGGCAAUGGACUCCGGGCUGAUGUGUGGAAGACAUUCCAGCAGCGCUUUGGUCCCAUUCGGAUCUGGGAACUCUACGGUUCCACGGAGGGCAACUUAGGCUUCGUUAACUAUCCCGGGCGCUGUGGGGCUCUGGGCAAGACAAGCUUCUUUCUUAGGGUGCUGUCCCCCUUUGAGCUGGUACAGUGUGACAGAGAGACUGAGGAGCCUGUGAGGGAUAAUAAGGGCUUCUGCGUCCCUGUGGGGCCAGGAGAGACGGGGCUCCUUUUGACCCAGGUGUUAGGCCGCCACCCUUUCGUGGGCUACUGUGGCCCCCGGGAGCAGUCAGAACGGAAGUUGGUGCGGGACGUGCGGCGCACGGGUGACGUUUACUACAACUCCGGGGACACAAUGGCCAUGGAUCGUGAAGGCUUCCUCUACUUCCGCGACCGCCUUGGGGACACCUUCCGAUGGAAGGGUGAGAAUGUCUCCACGCGGGAGGUGGAGGGCGUAUUGUCACAGGUGGACUUCCUGCAGGCGGUUAAUGUCUACGGCGUGUCUGUGCCAGGGUGUGAGGGUAAGGUGGGUAUGGCUGCAGUGCAGCUGGUUCCCGGCCAGACUUUCGAUGGGCAGAAGCUCUACCAGCACGUCCGUGCGUGGCUCCCUGCCUAUGCUGCCCCUCAUUUCAUCCGUAUCCAGGACACUCUGGAGAUCACGAGCACGUUCAAAUUUGUGAAGAAUCGAUUGGUGCAUGAGGGCUUCAACGUGGGUUUUGUCAUUGACCCCUUGUUUAUACUGGACCACCGGGCCCAGACCUUCCUGCCUCUGACACCAGACAUCUACCAGGCUGUUUGUGAGGGAACCUGGAGGCUCUGAUCAUCUGACCAGCCCACAGGGGCAGGGACCAAUGCCGACUAGCCCCCUCCCCUGUCAUCUUCACCCUUGGCCUGCCCGAGGUCAUGAAUCCCACCUGAAUGUAUCCCCAACCUCACUGGGCUGGAAUUGACAGUGGGCUCUGUAGCAGUGCAAGAGUAAACUUGAAUGUAUACAUGUAA